UUUCCCAUGAAAAUCUCCAACCUCUUCUGUCAUUUGCCAUUAUGAAGACACAGAAAGGAUGGAGUUGCUUUGUGUUUGUGUUACUCCAUGUGGCACACGUCGCCUGGACACAGAAGUUUCAAGUUAUUGGACCCCCCUAAUGCUGUUUUUGCUCUUGUUGGUGAAGAUGUGACUCUGCCAGCCUCAAUGUCACCAGCUCUCAAUGCUCAGGGCUUUGACGUGAGGUGGACUCGAAAUGAUUUCUUCAAACCAGUGUUGUUAUACCAGAAUUCUGAAAUUAUAACUAAGAAUCAAAUUGAAGCCUAUAAGGGAAGGACUUCUCUUUUCACAGAAGAGCUUGUGAAUGGAAAUGUGUCUCUACGACUCCAGGAUGUCCGUGUUUCUGAUGAUGGCCUCUACAAAUGUUUUGUGUAUUCUGGACAGUGGGAAGAAGACGCUCACUUCACUCUGAAUGUUGAAGUUGUGGGCACUCAGCCCUCCAUUUCCAUCAGCACUGCAGAGGACCAGCAGACCAGACUGGAGUGCAGCUCUGAGAAGUGGAGCUCUCGACCACAAGUGACCUGGAGAGACAUGAAUGGCGUAGAUGUGAUGUCACAGUCCACCUUAACAGUACAACGGGGUAAUGAGGGUCUCCUCGGGGUGAGCAGCGUCAUCCCCAUCAAGUGGGAGUUCAAUGUGUUCUCCUGUCUGAUGAGAAGUAACACAACCAGACCGGCCUAUCAAUCCAAAAUGGGGAUCUACGUUUUCGCUCCAGAUGUCUCUGGCUGGUCGGUGGCUUUCUGGGUGUCGUUGGCUUUCUGUGUGGCAGGAACCACACUGCUGAUAUUGAAAUGGAGAAAAAUGAGAGAUAAAUCUGCAAGAUAUAACACCAAAGUUAAUUUCUUUCGUGCCUGGAACCUGCUCAAGGAAACAGAGAUGACACAGCAUCCAGGUAUGUUGUCACUUGGGUGACUUUUCAUUUGUUUAAUUCAGUGACAGUGAACAGUAAAGUUGCAGGUAGCAUCAACCUGAGAGUUAAAUAUGUGACUUGAGUUGCCGAUUGUCAUUGCACUAUGACUGACCAGAGUUUAAGAAUAUGAAGCUGUAAUGAACACUUUACAGUCAGCUCAAUAGAGUGAAAAUGGAAGUAAAAAUUUCAGAGAAUUCACCUACAUGACAUUUUCAGCUUUGUCUCUAAUUUUAUGAGCCAUACAUCACUCCACCAAAAAAGGAAAUGAUUUCAUUUUAAA